AUGAAUAACAUCGACGAUAUUCCAUGUUCAAAGAUUCGACUAAAUCUUUCUGCUAAGAAUUUGUAUGAUUCGGAUGUUUUCUCAAAAAGCGAUCCAAUGUGUGUUGUAUAUCUCGCAAGAGAUGCGAAAUGUGAUGGCAAUUAUCACGAGAUUGCUCGCACAGAGACAAUCCGCAAUUGCUUAAAUCCCGAAUGGUGUAAACCGAUUUUCGUUGAUUAUUAUUUUGAAGAAGUACAAAGAGUUAAAUUCGAAAUAUAUGAUAUUGAUAAUACGUCUUGCCUAUUGUCCGAACACGAUUAUUUGGGCAAAGCCGAAUCGACAUUGGCUGAAAUUGUUGGUGCACCUUCAUCGAGUCGAAUUCUUCCACUAAUAGGUCCAAAAUCCGGAAGGAAAAACGGGGAAAUAAAAGUGAUCGCUGAAGAAGCAGAUGAU